AUGGCAGGCAUUACAGCCAUUACCGCCUUCAUUGACCCACUACCAGUUCGGAGGUCCCUGGAAGAGUCCGAGGAGAAGCGUGCCUUGCUGGACAAAGCGGUACAGAAAGAGCAUUCUGACUUAGGCAAAAGAACGGAGAAAGCACAUAUUGCCGUGCUGAACAAAGCGUUAUCUGAUCAGCGUGUUCUCUAUGCCCAGAAGAUAGAACAGGAAUGUGAUCUCGCAAAUGAAGUCUUACGAAAGGCCUGUGAAGAAAAUUAUGACAACAUAAAGAACGAGCGACAAAAAUUUGACUACAUGACUAAUCAGGCAAGGGCACAAUUGAUUGAGUUGGAGAAUGAGCGCUCAAAGUUGAAGUCCCUUAUUGAGUCCUUGAUCCAACAACAGGAGGUCCGUGGCAAGAUGAAUGUCGAGGAUGUGGUUAUGAAAUUUAAGGUUCACAAAGUGAAGGAACUUUAUUCUGAUCUACAGAAGUACGACCUUCAAGGUGAAUUGAGAGAGUUUUCAAUUGUAAGGCCAGCCAUUACUGUUAAGUUCGCCACCUUCACAGAGGCCUUGAGAUGGCAUGGAUACAUAAGAGACGUAGAGGUAUACUACUUCAAUCCUGCUCCUUGGAGUGAGCUAUCAACUUUGAUCAAGGAAAAUUGA